AUGCAAAACACCACACAGAUAACUCAAUCUCAAGGCACACCAAGAGACACACCAAGAGACACACCAAGAGACACAACAAGAGACACACCAAGAGACUCAUCUCAAGGCACACCAAGAGACACACCAAGAGACACAUCUCAAGGCACACCAAUAGACACACCAAGAGACUCAUCUCAAGGCACAACAAGAGACACACCAAGAGACACAUCUCAAGGCACAACAAGAGACACACCAAGAGACUCAUCUCAAGGCACAACAAGAGACACACCAAGAGACACAUCUCAAGGCACAACAAGAGACACACCAAGAGACUCAUCUCAAGGCACAACAAGAGACACACCAAGAGACUCAUCUCAAGGCACAACAAGAGACACACCAAGAGACUCAUCUCAAGGCACACCAAGAGACACACCAAGAGACACAUCUCAAGGCACACCAAGAGACACACCAAGAGACUCAUCUCAAGGCACACCAAGAGACACACCAAGAGACUCAUCUCAAGGCACAACAAGAGACACACCAAGAGACUCAUCUCAAGGCACACCAAGAGACACACCAAGAGACUCAUCUCAAGGCACACCAAGAGACACACCAAGAGACUCAUCUCAAGGCACACCAAGAGACACACCAAGAGACUCAUCUCAAGGCACACCAAGAGAACAAUGA